AUGACUAGUCUACUAUUAUCUUUAUCUAAUCUAUUACUAUCACAAAUCAUAUCAGAUAUUGAUGAUAAUGCAGAUAUAAUAUGUUUGUUGUUGACUUGUAAAAAGUUGUACAGUAAUAGUAGUGUUAGAAGAUCGAUUAAGUUCAAAGGAAUAGAAGUAAUCGAUAAAGAAAAUGGAGAUAUAUCAAAACAGUUUAUAGCAACAUCUACACAAUACAAUAUCAACUCAUUUCAAGAAAUCUUGGAGAAUAGUAUAUCUGAUCAACAUGUGAUGAUACUAUCUCGAGAAAUCACAGACUAUCCUCAAUGGAUACAACAACGUAUCUCUAUCUCUGCAGACAGAGUAAACAAGAGUAGUGACAUUACAACAGCAUUGGUGACGAAAUAUCAACCAACACUAUCGCCCCUAGAUUCACUCUACGACAUACCAUCAAUCGAGACACUCAUCAUCAACAAAAAUACAACUGCACUCGAUCUUAACCAUAUCUCACGCUUGCCCAAUCUAAAACGACUAUCAGUUCAUGCAAAAGGAUUGGAGCUUGAUCCUCUUCCAACACUCAAGUCUCUAAAACUGCGUAUCGACAAUACAUUCAACCUUGGUGACUUGCAACUCGACAAAUUCGUAUCACUGACAGAGUUGACGAUAAAGUGUUAUUAUGUCAUAAAUCUUGGGACAGGAAUCUUACCAAACAGUAUAACAUCUCUCACUCUGAGACCGUUAUAUAUUCCCUCACGAGAUGCAUUCCUUUCAUUGACAUCGUUGGUUUAUCUCAACAUAGAUCUGAAGGGAGUUGAAAAAGAUGAUGAACAAUCCAUUCAACAACUAUUCAUCGAUCUUGAGAGUCUAUCCAACCUCAAGACACUCAUAAUCAGUGACGACAGUGAUUCAACAGAGGAUAGACAGUAUAGUCUAGAGAUUACUGUACCUCCAUCACUCAUCAUUCUCCAUAUCUUUGCUCCAUCUGUACAAAUCCCAACCCGUUGUAAAAUGCCAUUGUUGGAGAAAUUAUAUGUUCAACAAUGCAUCUUGGUUCAUGGUAGAAUCAGUCUAUCUUUAUCAUGCGGCCCAUCACUCAAGAAACUUGCUAUUUACGAGUGCAAGGAAUAUCUCGAUACCAAUCCAGACAAUAUGAUCCCAUCGACCAUUGAAAAGCUAUCAAUCUAUAAACUCUUUGACGAUAAUCUUGAAGACUGCCAAUUCCCACCAUCUCUUACCCACCUAUCUGUCAAAGGAGGCUAUAUUAAUGUUCAACUACCAGACACACUCAUCAAACUUAAACAACACGUCAAAAACAACAACAACAACAAUCAUCCACUACCUCCCCAUUUAAAAAAACUAGUUUGGCAUUUUGAUAGGGAGGGAAUGAUGACCUCUUAUUUUGAAUUCCCAUCAUCUUAUCCACCUCACAUUGAAACACUCCAAUUCUUUGAUGAAGGUGGUGACUAUCGUACAGCAAUACCAUCAGUCACCAAACACCUAUCAAUAACAUUGACCCAAUACCCUAAACAAAAAAACACACUCUCCAUCUUUUCAAUUGGAUCAAAGAUUGCCAAACCCAUCUAUCAUUCACAAUGGCUACCAUCCAAUACAACUCAUCUAAAUUGCCAUCUAAAAGACACAAUGUAUGAUCAUCAUGGUGCAUUUAGAUUAGAUGAAGUAAUCAACAAUACAAAGGUUAGAUAUUUAAAUAUCAUUUUUUCAAAUCGACAAACUAUUCAAUUUACAAUUCAAAGAUUAGACGCAGACAAUAAGAAUAUAUUGGUGUUGGAAAGACAGACACUUCAAGGUGGAAUAAUCACUCAGCAACGAACAAAAUCAAUCAACAAUCAACAACAACAACAAUAUGAUCCAAUUUAUUUAUAUUUUGAUACUGGUUCUUCUUCUCCAUUUGAUUUGAAUUGGAGUUCAAAAAAUAUUAAUUAA